AUGCCUCUCUCCAAUGGCAGCAUGCGGAUCCAACGAUUGAUUGUAUUACUUGCAAUCGGUGUGCUCGCCAUUUUCUCCCUCUUACUUUUGCGAUCCUCAAAUACCCCCGAGCAGCCCAUAAACUUGCCUCCUCCCGAACCCAUUCAGCAUCCUCAACUCCAUGCGGGGCAAAACACAUACCUCCCCGAGACAGAACACCCAAUUUCGCGCUUGAUUGGCAAUGCCCAGCAGACCUUUGAUAAUGUGCAAUUACAUCAGUCCAAAACCUUGGCCGAGGCCGUGGAGGAAUACAAGCGCCGCUACAACAUGCACCCGCCGCCGCAUUUCGAUAAGUGGUUCGAGUUUGCCCAGUCCAGAAACGUACAGCUUGUCGACGAAUUCGAUACCAUCUACCACUCUCUCCUGCCUUUCUGGGGCUUGAAGCCCAAGACGAUUCGUGAGCGGGCACGUGAGACCCUUGGCUUUGACAAUGCGGUACUAGGUGUUCUGAUUCGCGACGGCAAGGUGUCCUUAACAGACGGAGGAGGCCCUGACCGAAAAUGGCAGCGGGAUGCGACUGCUGGUAUGAUGGAUGCGUUUGUGAAAUACCUACCGGACAUGGACUUAGUCUUUAACGUUCACGACGAGCCUCGCGUGAUCCUCCCCAGCGCAGACCUUCAACGACUUGUGCAAGCAGCCAAGGAACAAAUCCUUCCAGCCGCGUUCAAGAAAACCCCCACAAAUGCGUGGUCCCCUCGUGCCUCGGAUGUCAACAAAGGCGACCGCAUUGACGAGGUGCGCACCACUCGCUUUAACCGAUUUGCCCACCAGCCGACCUGGACGAACUCCCGAAUUUCCUGCCCUGUCGAUAGCCCCGCGCGCUCACUCGACGAUGACGCCCCAGAUGACGUGGAACCCUAUGCCUAUGGCGAACUUGGCUUUAUUUACAACACCACCGCGGCCUCUGACAUCUGCAACACUCCCUCCCUCCGCUACACGUACGGAUUCUUCGACCGACCCAACGCCUUCGACGUCGUCCACGACCUGUUCCCCGUCUUCUCGCAGAGCAAGAUCUCCAGUUUUCAGGACAUCAUCUACCCAAGUCCCUGGUACUGGGCCGACAAAGUCCCAUACGACAAGAAGAAGGACUACGACUGGGAAGCCAAGACCAACCGGAUGUACUGGCGCGGUUCGACAACGGGCGGGUUCUCGCGCGCGGGCGGCUGGCGUAGACAGCACCGACAGCAGUUCGUCGACAACGUCAACGCCCUGGGCACCAGCAAGAUCCUGAGCCAUCAGGACACCGCGUGGGUUUCGCAGGACGUCAUGCGGGCCAAUUACCAGGACAUGUUCGACGUCAAGUUCACGCUCAUUGGCCAGUGUGACCCUGACGACUGCAACGCGCAGACUGAGUACUUUGGUGUCUUCAAGCAGGCCGGGCAGCAGGAUGCGUGGGCGCACAAGUUCCUGGUCGAUAUCGAUGGCAAUGCCUUCAGUGGUCGGUUCCAUGCCUUCUUGCAUAGUAACAGCUUUGUCUAUAAGAUUGCCAUCUUCCGCGAAUGGCAUGACGAGUGGCUCAAGCCCUGGGUGCACUAUGUGCCUCUCAGCUUAAAGGGUAACGAGUAUCUCGAGAGCAUGCGAUACUUUAAUUCCAAGGAUGGUAAAGACUCUGCCCAUACAAUUGCCAAUCAGGGCCAGAGCUGGGCUCAGAAAACCCUGCGUAAUGAGGAUUUGGAGGUCUGGUUCUUCCGGUUGCUUCUAGAGUAUGGUCGUUUGGUCGACGACAACCGGGACCAAUUAGGGUUUAUUCUUUGA